AUGGAAAUCGUCAAAUUACAUGUACCAGAUAGGGUUUGUAUUUACGAAUUACCUCCUUUAUCAACUUCAAAAGGAUAUUAUUUAGAUUAAUGGAAAAAAAUGAUAUGGGAAGGAGGAUUAAAAAUUUUUGAAGGAACCGAUAAAUUACUUGUAAAAUUUAUAAGUCCAAACGGUGCAGUAUUUGCUUAAUUAGAAGUACCAGAAAAAUACGAAGAAGCCAUUUAAAAAACAGAAGAUAGUUCAAGAGGAUAUGGAGUGAGAUUAAAUAAUCCAAAAGGAGGAUAUAUAUGGAUAGGAUUAGCUUUUAGAGAUAGAAAUUCUUCUUUUGAUUUUAAAUCGAGAAUUAUUGAUUUCUUAGAUAGAAAAUAAGAGUAAAAACAAAAUACAGUGGAAUUCGAGUAACCCUAAGAUUUUAAACUUAAAUAAGAUUUAUUAGAUUUUUGA